AUGCCGCCCCGCACCGGCUCGCUCGCGCGCUCGCCUCCGUGCGCGCGGUGACGCCGGGUGACGCAACCCGACGCAACCGAGUGAAACUUAUCGACUCUAGAACGCGUCAAUCGGUCUUCUGGCUCCCUAACCCCACAACUCAUUCCUGGCUCAACCACCUCACUCUUUUCUCGUCAAUCUCCGCCGACAGAGCAACUACAAGCUCGUCUCUGCUCGACCAAAGAAGCCUCGGUAGUAAGUGCUACUCGCUCCUUUGUCACCAGCCUAAACGCCCGUUGCGCUGGGCCUGCAUUCCUUGUGCGAAGCCGCUCCGACGAGGCGGUCGUCGACCGCAGCGUGCACCUCAAUCGUCGCUCAUCAAUCGAUGUUCCCUAUCGCCUCGCAGUGCCAACACGCCUCGAUGCAUCGCGUCCUCGAGCGAGCUCAAGGCCUCCUGCUGCCUCAGGUUUGCAUGCAUCAGUCAAAUCGAGCCGGCCCACGCCCGUGACCCUGCACGAUUUGCCCGAGAACGAGGAUGAAUGGGAGCCGGAGAAUCUCGAGCCCGCCCUGACUCGCGAGGAGCUGCGGCACAGCAUUAAGACGUGGCAGGAGGAGCUCGGACAUCGUGGGAGGCCUGUCAGUGGUCGUACUAUGUAAGCUUCAGUCACCUGGUUGUCCUCUAUGCCCUGGCCGCGUCGCGUGUGUCUGAGCCAUGGCUACGAGGGCAACCUUGCUCGCUGACCCAACACUGCCAGCCCAGCUCGUCUCUUCGCGCUGUCGGCUUCACUCCGCCUCUCUCCUCCUCUCUCCGGCGUCCAUCGCGCUACGGCCGAGGCACGAUCAGAGAGGAGUCGAAGUCGGUAGGAGCUAGUUGGCUCUGCGUUUGUUGGAUUCUGUCUUUGAAAAGGGCUAGCUGGAAUUGAUGACUUAUAAACUGUCCAGUAGUGCUCGGCGCUAGUACGACUUGUUUGCUGACGCUUGACCUGCUGCUGCACACUGGCGUUCACAGCGUUGUGGUUCACUCGUUGCCCUGUGAGUGCCUCGUUGCCGCUCACUCGUUGGACUGUGUAGGUCUGAAAGCGAUGGCUUAACGUAGUGCCCCUUGUUUGCCAUGUUCGCAUCCCCGGCUUUGCCUAGACGUUUGCACGCUCCACCCCACCAAGUCCCAUUCGACCUCAUUCGACGCACACAUCAUUGCCGACGACAAGGACGAACCCCUGCUCGCCUCGGGCGCUCAGACGCCUCUCGAAAUGCGCUCGGGCGAUCCUUUGCUUCGCACUCGCGCUCUUCACUCGCCACCUACUGCACGCCACAAGACACCGCCGAGCAACUUCCCCGAGCCCGCCAAGUCACUGCGUCCAUCUUUCCACCCGCCUUGCCCUCCGUCGCGCGCGCCAUCUCCCGAUUCUCUACACGCAGCCGCCCUGGACAUCCUUGAGCCGCAGCAGCAGAGGCACCGUUGGGUCUUACAUCCUCGUCGCGGCCACGCUGCACUCAACUCGGGGCUUAAAAGCCUGACCGAUGGGCCUCUUGUUGUUGUUGGUCGACCCGAUGACUUGAUCAAAGCCGACGGGGAGGCUCUGAGGCAGGCUGAGCUCGGUGAGACGGAAAAGAAGGACCUCGAGCGUGGUCUGCGCAAUAUAGGUGGCACGUCGAACGCCGCAAUCGGAUGCGUGCCCGUUUGGCUCGAUGACAAAGUCCACUCUGGUGCGUGAUCCUCCUUUCGUGUGUUGGACGCGUUGAGAAUAUCGAAGCGACUGACCCACUCUGAGUGGCUCGUUCGCACACGAGUUCAGACUUUUACGAAGGCUACUGCAAGACCGAAUUGUGGCCAAUCUUUCACUACCUCGCCCUGCCUGAUACGCUCGACAAGAAGACUGAGGAUGCGGCGUGGCAGAGCUAUUACGAAACAAAUCUCGUCUACGCUCGCAAAGUCGCCGAGACGUAUGUGCCUGGGGACUUGGUGAGUUGACCCGCGCCUCGUUCAUCCGUUGUCGCCGCCGAGACCUUUCCGAACUGACUUAGUUUGCGCCGUAGAUCUGGGUGCAUGACUACCACCUGUUGCUCGUCCCGCAAAUGCUUCGCGAGUUGCUGCCCAACGCGUCGCCUUAUAUUUCCCUUUUCCUGCAUUGCCCAUUUCCUUCUUCGGAAUACUUUCGGAACCUUCCUCGUGCGUUGCGCAUCGAUGUUCUGGAUCGUGGUCCUACCAAUGAGAUUGUGCACUGACAUGUCGCUUCGUGAUACUCGCUCGCACCAGGCCGCGAAUCACUUCUCGACGGAAUGCUCGGCUGCAACCUCAUCUGCUUCCAGACCCACUCUUAUGCUCGCCACUUCCUUUCGUCGUGCGUGCGCGUCAUGGGCUAUGAGGCCGGAUCCGGUGGGGUCGAUGCAAAGGGCAGCAUCACGCGAAUAGCGCAUUGCCCGAUCGGCAUCGAUGUCGAGAACGUUGAAAUUGACCGGUACGGACCUUGUUGCGUCGUCGAGAGCUCUUGCCAAGCGACUGAUUGCGAUGUUAACUCUUUGGCUGUAUCAUCCGGCAGACAUGCACCCGGCGUCGCGCCAAAAGCCGAGGUGCUACGUCGAAUUUACGCCGGGAAGAAGAUUAUCGUCGGCCGCGACAAGCUUGACCCCACCAAGGGUGUUCUGCCAAAAGUAUGUCAGCCCAUGGAAUCAGCAAGCGUGUUUAACGAAGAUUCUGACUUCCGGGUCGACGGUCGCCACAGCUGCGAGCUUUCGAGCGCUUCCUUCAAACUUACCCGGAAUGGGCGCACAAGGUUGUGCUCAUACAAGUGACGUCGCCCAGCCCCGGCGACUCUCCUUCGCUUGCAACGAAAGUAUCCGAGCUUGUCGAUCAAAUCAAUGGUGCUCAUGGGUCGCUCGAAUUCCAGCCCGUGCAUCAUUACCACCAGACCAUCGAGCGAGAUGUGAGUCAAGACAGUCACGAGGCAUGGCGGUGGGCUCAUCUGGCUCGCCGCGGUCACUGAUUGAUCGACUCUCUCCCAUGUGUGCAGGAGUACUUUGCACUUCUCACCGUGGCCGACGUUGCCCUGGUCACGUCGAUUCGAGACGGCAUGAACACCACGAGCAUGGAGUACAUUCUAUGUCAAGCCGAGGCCAAAGGACAAUUAAUCGUCUCCGAGUUCACGGGGGUGUCAUCGCAACUCAACAAAGCGAUCAAAGUGAACCCAUGGGACCUUGGCGUGAGUUCCGGGAUCCACUUGCGGCCAUAUGGUGCGUUUUUAGAAGACUCAUCUUUCCCCUUCCGUCGUAGGGUGUCGCGCAUGCGAUCGAGUCUUGCCUCACGAUGUCGACCGCCGAAAAGAAGCUGCGCCAUGCGGCCCUGCAUGCGACCGUAUCGAGUCAAACAGCCGCGGUCUGGGCCCACACAAAUAUCCUGAAGCUGCUCGAGUCAUUGCAAGGAGAACAGGCUUCGCAGAAUACACCUCCGCUGGACGUCGAUCACCUCGUCUUGCGGUUCCAAAGUGCGAAGAAGCGUCUUCUGCUCUUUGACUAUGGUAAGUGUAGUGCUGCUGUAGUGCGUGUGGGUUCGCCCCUGGGCCUUUGAGAUUGAUCGUAGCGCUCUUAUACGCUUGCAGAUGGGACCCUUACGCCCAUCGUCAAGAAUCCGUCCGACGCGGUCCCCUCUCAAAGCUUGCUUAAGUCGCUGCCGAUCCUUACCGCCGAUCCGGACAACGUCGUCUUCAUUAUUUCAGGUCGUGACGGCGACUUUCUCGAGCAGCAUCUAGGCCACAUCCAGAAUCUGGGCAUGUCGGCGGAGCACGGUUGCUUCUUCCGAGCACCAGGAGCGAAGAAGUGGACGAGUUUGACCGAGCAUCUGGACAUGGACUGGAAGCGGGACGUACUGCGAAUCUUCCGAUGUUAGUGGUGUCAGCACUCUCCUGGUGGGGUUCGUAUCUCAGUCUUCUCAUGUGUAGUUUUUAUUUUUAUUUUUACAGAUUAUGAGGCUCGCACACAAGGCUCGUUUGUGGAGAAGAAGGCAAGCAGUGUAACAUUUCACUACCGCAAUGCUGAUCCGGUGUUUGGGCUCUUCCAAGGUACGUUCCUAUCUUCAUUCGACGGAUACAAAUCAUUACUGACUCAUGUUGCUGCUGUACUGGCAUGUCUUCAGCCAAGGAAUGUCAGGCAAUGCUUGAGAGCAUGCAAGAGAGUUUGCCUAUUGAUGUGCUUGUGGUGAGUGCAUUUCACAUACUUCAAAUACUGGUCUUGGCAGCUCUCUGAAAGCCCGGCACCAUCAAACUACAGGGCAAGAAGAAUGUGGAAGUUCGACCGGCGCACACAAACAAAGGAGAGAUCGUCCAGCGCCUCCUAUACCAGUAUGCCGACACCGAGUUCUGCAUGUGCGCCGGAGAUGACAAGACCGAUGAAGACAUGGUGAGUGGGACCAGUCCGGCCUCUCUUCUAUUUUGCUGGUGGGACUGAUUUGUGACUCUUCCGCAAAUCAGUUCCACUCCAUGGCUCGGAUCUUCAGCACCUCAACCCCUUCAAGCGGCCCUCCGCUCAUCCCAGCCCCCGAGUCGCUUCUGCUCUUCCCUUCCUUGGGAGAUCAAGCACGGUCUAGUGAUGGGGAGCUUCUGGAACCGCGCACCAGCCGCCUUGACCCUGCUUCGAUGUUUAUGAUCGCGAUUGAGGCAAAGGAAAGUCAAGGAGCUCGCAUGACAAUGGCAAAUGCUGUAUUGGAAAGGUAUGCUUAUGCGGCCUGAUGCUGUUCAGGAUAUACAACAAGCUGAUUAGUCUUGAUUUGACAUAAUGAUCCCACAGUCCUGCGCAAAUGGUGUCUUUGCUGGAAAGGCUUGCCCGCUUUUCAAGUGCCCCCUGA